AUGGCCGAAGUAUACUCUUGGUAUUCCGUGUUGUUAACCGCACUUACCGUGACCCUUGUAUUGUGGAGGAAUAAGAAGGAAAUCAAGCCAAAACGUGCUCUUCCACAAGAUAGCCAGCACCACCAUCAAGAGUUGCCGAGCGAUUACAAUGACAUCGAGCCUUUGGAAGACUUUGACUUGGACAAGGCCGAGCCAGUGCAGACACGACCAUGGAAGCCCAAGUAUCACCUCACGAUGGGCCUUGAGAAAUGCACUUUCUCGGACAUCAUACCUAUUGACAAAACUUUAGAGGAGAGGCUUGCUCUGCGGCGGAAAAUCGUGCGUGAGCAUUCCGACAUGGUCAUUGCUUCUGAACCCUGUUCGGAGGCUGCCGUCAAGGAGUUUUAUGUCUGGAUGGUCAAAACAUACCUACCACGAAGGUAUCCAUCAAUCUACCAUUCCAAAGGUGAUACACUUUUCGGUCCAGAAUCGACCCAACUACCGCUCGACCCGCCCAGCGAUGUCAAGAAGAUACUCCGCCUGCUUGCAGAGAACAUCGACGCAGAGCUGUUCUUCCUUCACCGGCAAGGUGACACUUAUGUUGCAAAAGCACUUAUUCUUUGUUAUGCCUUCUCCUUCAACCCAUCCCUCAAGUUGAAUAAAACCUUGGCGCAGAUUCAUGGACCCGUGCCUGGCUACAAGGAGAAACUUGAGAGACCCAUGAACCGCUACUUCACCUCCUUACCAAAGGGCAAAGUUGUUAAACGGCACAACUGGAACAUAUCCCUUGGUCGCGACCUUUUCGUACCGCGAGAGAAUCCUUUGACAGUUUUGCCAUUGUGGUUGAUGGGCUUGAUCAAAAUGGUCCUGGAUUGGUUUGGUAUCGAGGUACUAAAGAUGAAGAGUGCAGAUCUGGACCCUGAGGAAACGAACGUUCGAUGUGAGAGGCAGACGCUUCAUAGGUUAAUGGACAAUGAAAACACGUUGGUGUUUGCUUUCAAGACGUAUCAGUACCCCCUCAGGCAGAUUCGGGACGAAGGAGGAGGACCGGCGUUGGCUGAGGCGAUAAGUGGUAUCAAUCGGGGCAGUGUACCUCAAAUCGCGUGGUACAAGGCAUCAGUGUAUUGGGGACAAGCUGUUGUGGAAUAUCUUCUCGGUGGAAGUUCCGAAUAA